AUCAUCCCACGAGCGUGUUAUAAUAAUAAUAUUGAUAGUUAAUAGUUAAUGCUAUGUCCUAGAACUGGAAUUGUUGCUGAUUUUUGUUGAUAAUAGCACUGCUUUCAUUUUGACAAUGGCUGCUAGCUAUAAUUUAUAGUUUAGGCAAACAUCAGUCAUCAUGAAUGAAUGCUGGAAAGUGAAUGCGUUUUUAGUUUUAAUCAUUUUUAGGGCGUGGUUCACUGCGUGUUUUUGUGUUGCCAUGGUGUUACGUUAGUGUUGUGAAGAUGGAGGUCUAUCAACCAGUUGAGAGGGACUCUCACUCUACAGUACAGGUAGGAGACUACCUGUACAUGUGGGGUGGGGUCCAGCCUGGUCUCCCUGAAGUACACAAUAAUGAGAAGAAGAAAUCAAUGUGUUCUGUGGUGGAGGUCUGUCACCUACCAACUGGUGAGUGGGUACAAAAGCCUACCACUGGUGACCCUCCACUUGGUGUCAUUGGAUGUGCUGCUGCUGUCAUUAGAAAUGAAAUAUUCUUUUUUGGAGGCUAUUGUGGUCAUUAUGGCU